AUGGCGCUCCUUAUGCGUCCCUGUGCUAGUUUGUUUGUGAGCUGGGUAGUGUGUGUGCUGGCUGUGGUUUGUUUGGCUGCACUGGCUGAGGGAUAUCCAACAAAGCCAGAAAACCCAGGUGAAGAUGCACCUGCUGAGGAACUGGCCAAAUAUUACUCUGCAUUGAGGCACUACAUAAAUCUGAUCACAAGACAGAGGUAUGGCAAAAGGUCAUUACCCUUAAACCUGCUCUUUGGAGAAACAGAGAUACGACCACAGUCCAGAUAUGAUAAUCCUUUGAUGUGGUGA